UGAGAACUGGUGACAACAAAAGGCGUGGGCGCGGAGGGCGGAGGAAGGCCGCGGCGUGGGGCGCUCGCCGGCGAAGACCUGGGCUGUCCCGAGCCGGUCGGUGCGCCGCGGGCCCGACGGGGCGCGAAGCCGGCGGCACCCGGCCUGCGGCGACCCGGCUGAGGGUCGCGGACGCGGCGGACGCGGCGUGGCGGGCGGGCGGGCGAGCGGCGGACGGAGCGGGGCGUCCUGAGGAGUCCAGAUCUUACAUAAAAUGGAUGUUUCUCACACUGUUAUUGAACACUAAGUGCAUAAUCUAUUCAGUAAAAUCCAAGCUGCCAUGGAAGAAAUACCAGUAAAAGUUGCUGUCCGAAUUCGACCUCUGCUUUGCAAAGAAGUUCUACAUAAUCAUCAAGUUUGUGUGAGGGAUAUUCCAAACACCCAGCAGAUUAUCAUUGGGAGAGAUAGAGUUUUUACUUUUGAUUUUGUUUUUGGCAAAGAUUCCACUCAAGAUGAAGUUUAUAACACGUGCAUAAAGCCCCUAGUGCUGUCGCUCAUCGAGGGCUAUAACGCAACUGUUUUUGCAUAUGGACAAACUGGGUCUGGGAAGACAUACACCAUCGGAGGAGGCCAUGUUGCAUCAGUUGUGGAGGGUCAAAAGGGUAUCAUUCCUCGAGCUAUCCAAGAAAUCUUUCAGAGCAUCUCUGAAAAUCCUAGCAUUGACUUUAAAAUCAAAGUGUCGUAUAUAGAAGUGUAUAAGGAAGACCUAAGAGAUCUUCUAGAGUUGGAGACGUCCAUGAAGGACCUUCACAUCCGAGAAGAUGAGAAGGGGAACACAGUGAUUGUUGGGGCCAAGGAAUGCCAAGUAGAGAGCGUGGAGGACGUGAUGAGUCUCCUGCAGGUAGGGAAUUCGGCCAGGCACACAGGUACCACCCAGCUGAAUGAGCACUCCAGUAGAUCACACGCCAUUUUCACAAUAAAUGUGUGCCAAAUUGAGAAAAAUACAGAGGCAGCUGAAGCCAGAGAGUGGUACUCACAUCGGCAUAUUGUCUCCAAAUUCCACUUUGUGGAUUUGGCUGGAUCAGAAAGAGUGACCAAGACCGGGAACACUGGCGAACGAUUCAAAGAGUCCAUUCAAAUCAACAGUGGGCUACUCGCUCUAGGAAACGUAAUCAGUGCCCUUGGAGACCCACGCAGGAAGAGCUCGCAUAUUCCAUAUAGGGAUGCCAAGAUUACCCGGCUUCUGAAGGACUCCCUGGGUGGCAGUGCCAAGACUGUCAUGAUCACGUGUGUCAGCCCAUCCUCCUCAGAUUUUGAUGAGUCCUUAAAUUCUCUCAAAUAUGCCAACAGAGCACGGAACAUUAGAAACAAACCUACUUUAAACGUCAGCCCCCAGGCAGACCGAAUGGAUGAAAUGGAAUUUGAGAUUAAGCUGCUGAGAGAAGCUUUGCAGAGCCAUCAGGCCAGCAUCAGCCAAACUAGCCAGAUCUCUUCAGAGAGUGUUCCCAACCAGGAUCGAAUCCAUUCUCUGGAGGAACAGGUAGCUCAGCUCCAGGAGGAAUGUCUGGGGUACCAGGACUGCAUAGAGCAAGCGUUCUCCUUCCUGGUGGACUUAAAAGAUGCUGUCAGGCUAAACCAGAAACAGCAGCACAAGCUACAAGAGUGGUUUAGCAGGACUCAGGAAGUCAGGAAGGCUGUCCUCACCCCAUUGCCUGGAAACCAGGGCGUUGGGAACCUGGAAGAAGGACCCCAGCAUGUGACAGUUCUCCAGCUGAAGAGAGAACUUAAGAAAUACCAGUGUGCUCUGGCCGCUGAUCAAGUGGUGUUCACACAGAAGGAUCUGGAGCUGGAGGAGCUAAGGAGUCAAGUGCAGCUGAUGAUACAGGAGAACAAAGGGCACGCCGUGUCUCUGAAAGAAGCACAGAAAGUGAACAGACUGCAGAAUGAAAAGAUAAUAGAACAGCAACUCCUUAUGGAUCAGCUGAGUGAAGAACUAGCAAAAUGUAGCUCGUCAAUGCCCGCCUCAGUUAAGGAAAGCUGUGGGGAUGGGCCUGAUGCCAGGGUCUCGGAAAAGAGACCUCACACGGCUCCACUUGAGACUCACUGGGGACAUUAUGUUUACAUCCCGUCAAGACAGGAUCUCAAGAAGGUCUGCUCAAGUCCUCCUCUAUACUCUCUGGAUCAAGUAUUCACUGGGUUCCGAACUCGAAGUCAGAUGCUGAUGAGUCACUUAGAAGACCAGGACGAAGUUCUCCACUGCCAGUUUUCUGACAACAGUGACGAUGAGGACUCAGAGGGCCAGGAGAAACCCAGAGUUAGAUCUAGAAGCCACUCAUGGGCCAAGAAGCCAGGCUCUGUUUGCUCUCUUGUUGAACUGAGUGACACUCAGGCUGAGUCUCAGAGGUCCUAUCUGGGGAAUGGAGAUUUGAAGAUGGAAUCUCUCCAGGAGAGUCAAGAGAUAAAUUUACAAAAAUUAAGGACUUCAGAACUCAUACUUAAUAAAGCUAAACAAAAAAUGAGAGAACUUACAAUUAACAUCAGGAUGAAAGAAGAUCUGAUCAAAGAGUUAAUAAAAACAGGUAACAAUGCCAAGUCUGUGAGCAGACAGUAUUCUUUGAAGGUAACGAAACUGGAACACGAAGCUGAGCAGGCAAAAGUGGAACUCACUGAAACCCGGAAGCAGCUGCAGGAACUUGAAAGCAAAGACCUUUCUGAUGUUGCUUUAAAGGUAAAAUUACAGAAAGAGUUCCGGAAAAAGAUGGAUGCUGCGAAGCUGAGAGUUCAGGUCUUACAAAAGAAGCAGCAAGACAGUAAGAAGUUGGCAUCACUGUCCAUCCAGAAUGAGAAGCGGGCCAGUGAGCUUGAGCAGAAUGUGGAUCACCUGAAAUACCAGAAAGUACAGCUGCAGAAACGGCUUAGAGAAGAGGGCGAGAAAAAGAAGCAGCUGGAUGCAGAAAUUAAGAGAGAUCAACAAAAAAUCAAAGAGCUGCAGUUAAAAGCAGGACAGGGAGAAGGUCUGAGCCCCAAGGCUGAGGACAUGGAUGGGUUUAACGUGGACAGAAGAAAAGGGCCUUUCAGAAGGAUGGACCAAUUCCAGAAAUUGGAUGAACAGAGGAAAUGGUUAGAUGAAGAAGUAGAGAAAGUCCUGAGCCAGCGCCAGGAACUUGAGAUGCUGGAGGAAGACCUGAAGAAACGUGAGGCCAUCAUCUCCAAGAAGGAAGCCCUGCUUCAGGAGAAGAGCCACCUGGAAAGCAAGAAGCUUCGAUCUAGCCAGGCCUUAAGCACAGACAGUCUCAAAAUAUCAGCUCGUCUGAACUUGCUGGACCAAGAGUUAUCUGAGAAGAGCUUGCAGCUUGAGAGCAGCCCAACCGAGGAGAAAAUGAAGAUUUCAGAACAAGUCCAAGCGCUUCAGAAAGAAAGGGAUCAGCUCCAGAGACAGAGGAACAGUGUGGAUGAGAAGCUUAAGCAUGGGCGAGUGCUGUCCCCCAAAUUCAGGGCACCCUGCCCACAGAAUGAUGCGCCUCACAGUGAGCGGAGCCCUUCUGCAUCAGCUGACAGUUCCCCACAGGAAGAACAUCUCCUUUUCCAACUUGAAGAAGGAAUAGAAGCUCUGGAAGCUGCAAUUGAAUUCAAGAAUGAAAGCAUCCAGAGUCGCCAGAGCUCACUGAAGGCAUCAUUCCAGAAUCUCUCUCAAAGUGAAGCCAAUGUUCUGGAAAAGCUAGUUUGCCUGAAUAUUGCUGAGAUUAGAGCUAUUCUUUUCAAAUAUUUCAACAAGGUAAUUAAUUUGCGAGAAACAGAACGUAAACAACAGUUGCAGAAUAAAGAGAUGAAAAUGAAGGUUGUGGAACGGGAUAAUAUGGUCCAUGAGUUAGAAUCUGCGUUGGAGCAUCUGAGACUGCAGUGUGACCGAAAACUGACCCUCCAGCAAAAGGAACAUGAACAGAAGAUGCAGUUGUUGUUACAUCAUUUCAAAGACCAAGAUGGAGACAGCAUUAUAGAAACCUUUAAAAAAUAUGAAGAUAAAAUCCAGCAGCUGGAAAAGGAUCUCUACUUUUAUAAGAAAACCAGCAGAGAUCUCAAGAAGAAACUGAAAGACCCCACACAAGGAGCGUCGCCGUGGCAGCGCACACUGACCGACCAUCAUGAUGCUGGAGAUGGAGUUCUGAACCCAGAGGAGACAGCUGUGCUUUCUGAAGAACUAAAAUGGGCAUCUAGAACUGAAAAUACAAAAUUGAAUGGAAGAGAAAGAGAAGUAGACAAUUCUUCAAGCAGCUUAAAGACCCAACCACUGACCCAGCAGAUUCUAGAUGACCCAGACUCACUUCCAGACCAUGGCUCGUUAGCACCCUCCAGUGGCCAGCUGCAGAGCAAUGUUGAUAAAACAGAGGCCCGUCCCUUCACACACUCUCAGAGUCCACCACCAUCCCAGUUUCAGGCUGUGAGAAGUAUAGGACCGCUUCAGGGGGUCAAGCCUGUCAAACUGUGCCGCAAAGAGUUACGUCAGAUCUCUGCUGUGGAGCUGUCCUUACGGCGCUGCAGUCUCGGCGGAGCGAGGGGCCGGUCGAUGACUGCCGAUUCCCUCGAAGAAACCGAGGAAAGUUAGUGACUUCAGAGCAAGGCACUGAACAAUAAAACUUUUAAUUUAGCAAA